AAAAAUAUUAUAUUUAUUUUAUUUUUUAAUUUUAAAGGAAAAAUAAAUUUAAUUGGAAAAAAGGGAAGGGCCCCACUGACUUGUCUGUGGUCAAAAACUUUCCAUUUCCUUCUACCUCCUCGCUCUCUCGCUCUCUCGCUCUCUCUCACACAUCCACAUUUCACAAUGCUCCUCCUUCACUCAUUCUCCGACGAUGGCCUUCGCUCUCCUUUCCACCUACUCCUCCUCCGCCGCCGCCAUUACCACUGCCCUCUUACCUCCACAUCACAACUAUCGCCGUUUCCGCUCCGGAGACACCACACUCCCUCGCCGCUCUCUCCUCCUUCUCUCCACGUCCCUCUCUCUCUCCACCGCCAUCAAUCCUCCUCCCUCCCCGGCUUCUCCAUCUCCAGACACCACCAUCACUGACCGCGUCUUCAUCGACUUCAGCAUUUGCCCUACCAACUUCCUCCCUAACCGUGAAUCCACCGAUGAUGGUAGCGAUUCCCUCCUCUGCUCUGAUUCCGUCCUACUUGGCCGCCUCGUGAUUGGCCUCUACGGCCAUCUCGUUCCUAUCACCGUCUCUAAUUUCAAAUCCAUGUGUACCGGAUCCUGCGGCUCCUCGUAUAAAGGCACUUUGGUUCACAAAAUCUUCCCUGGCCAAUUCUUCCUUGCUGGCCGACAGGGACGCCGUGACAAAGGAGAAGUUCGGCCGCCGUUGCAAUUGCCGAGAAAUACGGAAUCGGUGAAGUCAGAUUCGUUCUUGCUUUCGCAUUCGAGAGGCGGCGUUGUUUCUCUUUGCCUUUCGGAGAACGAUGACGAUGACGAUUUGAAGUUGGAUCCGGAUUAUCAUAAUGUGGAAUUCUUAAUCACAACCGGCCCUGGCCCCUGCCCUCAGCUUGACAGCAAGAACAUUGUCUUCGGGACUGUUCUUGAAGGACUGGAUGUUGUGGCAGCCAUAUCCUCAACUCCAACAUACAAGCCAUCUGAGAGAAUUAGGCAAUUCAAUGAUUUGGCUAAGUUUUUAGGAGAUGAAAGAGCUCAAAAUGCAAGAACAAUAUGGAACAGACCUCUCCAAACUGUUUAUAUCAGUGGCUGUGGAGAGCUCAAAGUUGCAAAGCCUUCACUAUCUCCAACUCUGCCUUAAACACAGAUCCAUUCUCAAGGUUCCAUUUCUUUCCUUUCUCAUCUUUCCAUUUGUGUUCUUUCUUCUGUGAAAAUCAAAAAUUAUAUCCCCAUGUUUUUGUUUUUUUUUUUUUCUUUUCCUUAACCAGGCCUCUGUUUUGUUCUGACCAUUGUUUAUGAUCAAAACAAAUUAGAAACCAAAUUUUGAUGUUUUUACAUAUGCUAAAAACAAAAACUCCAUUGUUGCUCACUCAUUGUUUUUUGUCCUAUAGCCAUUUUGUAAGCAAAUGGAUAUUGGUAGAAUGGUAUUCAAGAAUGUUUUGUGUGUUUGAGUAAGUCUCAAUACAAACGUAACACAAAUACAUUAUCCAAA